CCACCGGUUAGUGUGAAAAAUGUUGUGUCUGAGACGAGUUCUGCGACCGGGUGCACUGCGUCAGCUACGGUCAUUGAGUGGCAAACCACAAGGCGAUGUCCUUCCCGAGAGCUGCGAUGUCCUGAUAAUCGGUGGAGGGGGUAUGGGAGCCUCUUCCGCAUUCUGGCUUAAGUCCCGGACGCUCCAGCUUGGUAAAAAGCUUAACGUCCUGGUGGUGGAGCGGGAUGCUGGGUACACCAGCGCCUCUACAGUGCUUUCUGUGGGUGGAGUUCGUCAGCAAUUUUCGCUGGCUGAAAACAUAGAGAUGUCUCUUUUCGGCUACAACUUUGUGGUGAACGGCCAGAAGCACCUGGGUGAUGUGGAUCUUUGUUACCAGCCGAACGGCUACUUGAUCCUGGCUUCUGAAAAGGGUGCGCAUAUCCUGUCACAGAAUUCAAAGCUGCAAAACGAGUUGGGAGCCCGAAAUGAACUUCUUGGUCCAGAGGCAUUGCGACGCAGAUUUCCGUGGCUGUCUACGGAUGACGUGGAAUUGGGAUGUCACGGGAUCGAUAAAGAAGGAUGGUUUGAUCCGUGGGCCCUGCUCAUGGGCUACAAGAAGAAAGCGCGUGCCCUGGGCGCCAAUUUUGCCAAUGGUUCGGUGGUGGGUUUCGAGUGGAAUGACUCUGGAGCCCUUUCUGGUGCUGUGGUAGAUGCCGGAGACGGAAAACAGCGCACGGUCAAGUUCGACACUUGCGUCCUCGCAGCGGGAGCUUAUUCGGGUCAGGUUGCGCGUUUGGCAGGCAUCGGAAAUCCGGGAGCAAAGGAAGGCUCCCUGAGUGUAGCUUUGCCAGUGGAGCCUCGGAAGCGUUACGUCUAUGUAUACAGCACUCAGGGACGGAACUGUCCGGGCGUGGCUACACCUCUUACGGUCGACCCAGAUGGCACUUAUUUUCGGCGAGAUGGUCUCUGUGGAAACUUCCUUUGCGGCCGCAGUCCCAGCGAAGACGAAGAGCCGGAGUGCGAAACGCUAGAUGUGGACCAUGGUUACUUUGAAUCGAAUGUCUGGCCCACACUGGCGAGCCGAGUGCCGGCCUUCGAGUCGGUAAAAAUCCAGAGCAGUUGGGCGGGAUACUACGACCACAAUACAUUCGACGCAAACGGAAUCAUUGGGAGACACCCUCACUAUAGAAAUCUCUUUAUAGCGGCAGGAUUUAGCGGGCACGGCAUUCAGCAAACUCCAGCUGUGGGUCGAGCCAUAUCCGAACUAAUCCUGGACGGUAAGUUCACCACACUGGAUCUUUCGCGCCUCGGCUUCGAACGCCUUGUGAACAAGCAGCCCAUGCUCGAAGUAAAUAUCGUUUGAUGAAAGUCUCUCAGGCGGCAAGAACCCAUCUUUGUUGUGUGUAUGUACUUCUUUUAUUGCAAUUUGUGUAUAUAGUAAUUUUGUAUAGUAAAGUUCACGUUUUAGUCACGUA